CCAGAGAUCUUAAGACCUGCCAUAUUGAACAACUCCUUAAAAGUCUUUCUUUUUAUUUUGGAUAAGUAAUCCCUAGAAGUCUUUCUUGAAGAAAAAUCCAAACUAUUUGUCAUUACUUUCAUUGUGUCUUUAGUUGUAUCUUCAACUUACAUUCUAAUCUUCCUUAAUCUCCAUCUGGGGUUGUUUUCUUGAUUCUUGAUUCCCAUUUUCUUAGAUUCCUAUGUUCAAUUUUAGUCUUUCUUGAACAAAAAUCCACACUUUCUUGAUUCUUGAUUCCUAUGUUCAACUGAGGUACUUUCUUGAACAAAAAUCCAAACUUUCUUGAUUCUUGAUUCCUAUGUUCAAUUUAAGUCUUUCUUGAAGAAAAAAGAUCCAAACUUUCCUGAUUCUUGAUUCUUAUUUUGGUGGAUCUUUGUAAGGAUAAAUGGGCAUCUGUUUGAGCAAAACUAAACCAUCAGAGUCCAAAUCCAAUGGGCAACAUAGAUCAGGUGGUAGUAGGGGUGGUGGGACCCACCAAACACAAAUUCAGUAUACAAAAUCUCCAGGUCCAGAAGCUCAAUUACCUAUAAGGGGACCCCACCAAGCAAGUCCUAAACCAGUAUUCAAACAAGAAUCUAUUUUGGGUAAGCCAUUUGAGGAUGUUAAAGCACACUAUACACUAGGUAAAGAAUUGGGUAGAGGUCAAUUUGGUGUUACAUUUCUUUGUACUGAAAUAUCAACUGGUCAUCACUAUGCUUGUAAGUCAAUAUCAAAGAAAAAACUUGUUACAAAAGCUGAUAAAGCUGAUAUGAGAAGAGAGGUUCAGAUUAUGCAACACUUAAGUGGACAACCAAAUAUUGUUGAAUUUAAAGGUGCUUAUGAGGAUAAAGGUUCUGUUUAUCUUGUGAUGGAACUGUGUGGUGGUGGAGAGUUAUUUGAUAGGAUUAUUGCUAAAGGGCAUUAUAGUGAAAGAGCUGCUGCAUCAAUGUGUAGAGCUAUUGUUAAUGUUGUUCAUGUUUGCCAUUUUAUGGGUGUUAUGCACCGUGACCUUAAGCCUGAGAACUUUCUGUUGACUGAUAAGAGUGAAAAUGCUGCUUUGAAGGCAACUGAUUUUGGACUCUCCAAGUUCAUUGAAGAAGGUAAGGUGUACAAGGAUAUUGUUGGGAGUGCUUACUAUGUUGCCCCUGAAGUCUUACGGAAGAGUUAUGGCAAGGAAAUAGAUGUUUGGAGUGCAGGUAUUAUGUUGUAUAUACUACUCAGCGGUGUGCCUCCCUUUUGGGCAGAAACGGAGAGGGGUAUAUUUGAUGCCAUAUUAAAAGAAGACAUUGACUUUGAAAGUGAACCUUGGCCCUCUAUAACAAGUAGUGCCAAGGACCUUGUCCGGAAGAUGCUCAAUAAAGACCCAAAGAAACGCAUUUCUGCUGCUCAAGUUCUUGAGCAUCCUUGGCUUAAGGUAGGUGGAGUAGCACCAGAUAAACCAUUAGAUAACGCUGUCCUCUCAAGAAUGAAGCAAUUCAGAGCUAUGAACAAACUCAAGAGACUUGCUUUAAAGGUCAUUGCUGAGAAUCUCUCAGCAGACGAAAUCCAAGGGCUCAAAGCAAUGUUCCAUAAUAUUGACACUGAUAAUAGCGGCACGAUUACGUAUGAAGAAUUGAAGAGCGGAUUGGCUCGACUUGGAUCAAAGCUCACAGAGGCUGAAGUUAAGCAAUUGAUGGAAGCUGCUGAUGUGGAUGGAAAUGGCUCUAUCGACUAUAUUGAGUUCAUCACUGCCACCAUGCAUAAACACAGACUAGAAAGAGACGAAAAUCUACACAAAGCAUUUCAGUAUUUUGAUAAAGAUGGCAGUGGGUUCAUUACAAGAGAUGAACUCGAAACAGCUAUGGAAGAGCAUGGAAUAGGCGAUCCAUCCAGUAUAAGGGAAAUAAUAUCUGAAGUAGACGCUGAUAAUGACGGAAGAAUCAACUAUGAGGAAUUUUGUACAAUGAUGAGAAGCGGAGCUAAACAGCCAGGCAAGCUCUUCUAAUAACACGAAUCUCCUAGUCAUUGGAGGCAAAAUCGAGAGUGAUUCGUCAAAAUCUGCACCUUAACUAGUUGGAGUUUUAAUAGUUCCCCGGUGGAAACAUGUAAAUUGGUUAUUCCUGUUUUUAAAAUCUGUCUUCUCUAUGGUUCUUUUUCUCAUUUUUGUAUAAAUUGUUGUUGACUAGACUACUCAGUAGUUACCAAGUUAUCUAUAUUUGUCCUAAAGAGGCUGAGUGUUACAUUUUA